ACUCAGUUGAACCUGAACUUCUACAAACAUGAACGCAAAGGUCCUCAUCCUCCUCGGUCUGGCAGCCAUCGUUGCUGCAGACAGCCGUGAAACCUAUGCCUACCGCGCCCCCAGGGCAUCCUCCGAGGAAUCCUUCGAGUCCACCGAAGCCAAGUACAACUUCAACUGGGCCGUCAGCGAUGACUCCUCAAGCAACGAGUUCGGACACCAGGAGGCCCGCGACGGCGACGACACUCAGGGAUCCUAUUACGUGCAGCUCCCCGACGGCCGCCUGCAGAAGGUCACCUACUUCGUCGAUGGCGAUGACGGUUACGUCGCCGACGUCACCUACGAGGGCGAAGCUCACUUUGACUCCGUCGAGUCCGCUGAGUCCCGGGAAUACAGGCCACGAUAUGCCUACGACUCCAACGAAUCUAAAUAAGACUCAGUACUUGACAUCCUCUUUUGCAGAGAGUUUAUAUAUAUCUAAUUGUAUAUAUUUAUGUAUUUAAAUUCUGAAACUAUAUGAAGCAAUGUUA